AUGGCUGUCCUUUUAAGAUUCGCCGUUCUCAUCCCCCUAAUAUUCUCUUUCGUCGCCUUUGUCCUGACGAAUUUGACGUUGUUUGCUGGAAGCAAGAAAGGUUUCAUGGAGGAGUAUGCCGUCGUCAGAAUAAACACCACGAUGCUUGGCCAAAACAUACUGUCAUCAGACGACAAGUCGAGCAGCGACGACGACGGUGACGGUGACAGUCUCUGGGACCAGUUCACAGACGGGCUCGACGACCUCGGAGACGCUGCCAAGGGCAAGAUCAACGACAUCGCCGGCGACAUCAUCGGCGACAUUGCCGACGAGCUGGGCAUCAGUGACUGGUACUCGCUCCACGUCAUGAACGCUUGCUGGGGAGGCUUUGGGCCAAACGCAACGGAAUCGCAUUUCCAGCUCAACACCACCAACUGCACUCAAUCAGCUCCCCAAGUCCGGUUCAACCUCACAUCCAUCAUGGACCACCAGCUUUCUCUCGGGCCCCUCCACAUCAGCCUCGCCAAGAUUCACUGGCCAGGCUCCAUCCAGCUCAAAAUCGACGCCCUCAAUGCCGCCCUGAUGGCCCUCUUCGUCUUGUACGUCUUGGGCGUGGGCUUCAGCGGCCUCGCCAUGCUGGCCUGCAUCCCGGCCAUCGUCCUGGGCGACAAGCGAAUCAUCCUCAUGGUGAACACGGGCCUCGCAUCGGCUACCGCCUUUUUCAUCACUCUUGCCAGCAUCAUCGCCACGGCAGCCGGUUCUGUUGCCGUCAAUGCUAUAAACACCGAAGGCAAGCCGGUUACCGUGGUAGCUACCAACGGCACAAAGUUCUACACCAUUACAUGGGUCACUUCAGCCUUGAUGAUUCUGUCGUCGGCGUUCUGGGUGGGCAAGUUUGUGUUUAUCUGGAAGAAGGAGAAGAAGGAGCGCGAGAGAUACUCCAAGGAGGGAUUCUAA